AUGGCUAUGGCCUACCACGCGAACGCCGAGUUAUCUAUUGCUCGCGUCGCGAUGAGAUUGGCGGUGUUCUGGGCCUUAUGUUCCGGAGUCAAGGCAUUUCAGGUCAUGACAGCCGAUGAUAUACUGGACGCCGAUAUCGAUGCGAAAGUCACUCGGACCAAGAAUCGGGCUAUCCCGCGAGGUGACAUCGCUUUGUCUCGGGCUUGGCUAUUCCUCGCCCUUCAAGGUGCUCUCGGCUUAUGUCUAGCCUACACGGUUCUCGAUCCCUAUACAGUCCGUAUUGCUGCUACAACUUGGCCGCUUUUCCUUGUUUAUCCUACGUGCAAACGAUAG